AUGACUCAAGAAGUAUCACGCUCAUUUCUGUGUAACUUGUCCCUGCAGCCUCCAGAUAUAAUUUCUCCUCCAGAGCAACCCAAACCCCAAACUCCUCCUCCACCUCCUCCUCUUCCAAGGACCCCACGUCUCCUAACCCCUCAUCCCCUAACCCCUCGUCUCCUUACCCCUCGUCCAAGGACCCCAACACCGCCCCCACCUCGAGAACCCACUCCUGAGGUGCCGGGGUUCCUCAAACAGUUUGCAAAUUCUAGCUGGUUCAGAGACGUAUUCCCUGAUAAGAUGAGUAUCCCAAGCACCCUGUCUCCAGAGGACUUCUCCUUGCAUCUGCUGGGCUCCCUGACCACCUGCAGCACGCCAUCCAAACUGAAGAUUGUUGUAGCACUGCAGAGCCUCCACAGCCAGGGCCUCCUGCAGAACACCGACAAGCUCUACCAAGGCCUCGUGGACUUACUGCCUGCAUUUGCAAGACCACAUAUGUCCCCUUUGGAACGGACCGUGCUGGAGGAAAUGUUGAAUCUGUUGGUGAAUCUGAAACCUGCCAGUUGUGACCUUGUGAAAAAGCUUCUCACUCUUCUGGCCUUUAAAAAACUGGUUCUAGGGGAGACAGUGGUGCGCGUGCUGACGGCAUUGGGUGUAGACGAGGCUGAGCAGUGGCUGUGGCCUGAGUUGGAGAGCUGGGACUUGGAGCAGCGGGACCAGUCUAACAUCUGGAAAAGCCUCCAUGACAGGGCAGACUGGUGGCUGCAGUUAUGGACCUCAAAAUUCAAAGAACACAACAGGUAUCUGAACUUCGAGGGUUCGGCAAAGCAGCAGCCGCUAUCCUUCAGCGUGGUGGAUGUGCUGAACUAUUUCUGCUCCAUCCAAAAAGAAGAGGAGAACAGAAAGGCUCUAUGUGUUGCACCUGCUGGUCCCAACAACACUGUACUCCUGCCCCUACAUGACUGCGGAUCUUCCCCGAUCUUUCGUCUUGGAGAGACUAACAGUAUGUCCAGGAUACGCGGGCCACCAGGAGUAACUCUGCCUCCGCUGCGAAACCGACCCUUCCUCACACACUUUCCCCAUUUCAUCUCUCUGCCGUUCUCUCGAGUCACUCUGCGCCCCUUCCACGUCUACUCAGACGCGGACUGGCUGAAGGCCCCCCCUCACCGCUACUUCAUUCAAAAACAGUCCCUCGUGGAGUACUACAGAUGA